AUGGCUUCUACUGCUGCUACCACUGUAUUCCUGAUUUCCACAACAACUGCUGCGGCCAUGGUCGUAACUCCCAUUUCCACCACCAGUGCCGCGGCAACCUUCUCUGUCACAAUUGCGAUUACAAUCUCUAUGCAUCCUAUUGUUGGGGAACGAUACAAAUGCAAAGACUGUGUUGAGGAAAUAGGCUUUGACCUCUGCGAAGGAUGUUAUAAGAAUUCCCCCAAGCUUCCAGGCCGAUUCAACCAGCAGCAUACUCCAGAACACCAGUUCGUGAUAGUGAGACCGCCUAUUUCCCGUCGUUUUUCGUUGAGAUUUGAAGCAGUACCUCCUGAACAGCAUGAUUCCGGUAGCCUGGACAGCACUGAAGAAGUUGCUAUAGUCGCCAACUUGUCAAAUGAUGCUUCACCGGAUGAAGUAGAUGAGGCAGCAUCUCUGAAUUUGUCACCCGACGCACUACAGGAUAUAGGAAAUGCUAUAGCAUCUUCCGUCACCCUCAACAAUCCUUCAGAAGAUCAAGAAGGUACCGACUCUGAAACUUGA